CGCCCGCCCGCCGCCCGCCCGCCCGCGGGGAGAGCAGCGCCGCGGGCCCCGCGCGCACCGGCCCCGCCGAGCCCGACCCCGGGCGGCCGCGGCUGCUAUGCGGCUUCGCGGCGCACGGCCUGCACCGGGUUUGCGCCGACGCCUGCCGGACACUGACCCAGCUGAGGAUUAGGGACACCGGCUGUGAGCAGGGGACCCCGAGGCUGCCACCCCCAGAAAGUGCCAGCUCUGCGAGGGAAAGGGUGAUGUGCCGUGCUCCAGCUGCUGCCUGCUGAGCCUGAGGAGGAGUUUUGGAGCCUGCCUGGGACACUUUGCCCGACAGCAGCAGCACCCCAACCCCACCGGGCAGCACAAGCCUGCGACACACCGUAGCCCUUAAGCCAAGGAGACAUCGGACCAAGCCUGAGGGGGGUCAAGGGCCACAUCCUUCUUCCCUAACCCGCUGUCAAUUCCUGCCCUGACGGCACUGCCCUCGCCCCCCGGCAGCCCCCUCCAGGGCUGCCUCCCUCCGGCGCUGCCCAGCUUUGGCCGCCAGCCCCGCUGGAGCGCGGCAGCCUGCCGGGCGCUGCCCCCCGGGCACUGCCCCCCGGGUGCAUCGCCCCCCGCCCCCCCGGGGACCCCCCGCCUGCCGGCAGAGCCAUGAAGCUGCAGGCGGUGAUGGAGAACCUGCAGCGGCAGCAGCGCGCGCGGCUGCAGCAGGCGCUGGAAGCGCGGCAGCAGGAGCAGCAGCAGCAGCCACCGCGCUGCUCGUCCCCCUCGGCGCAGCCCUCGCAGCCCCCGGGGCAGCCCCCUGCCAGCAGCCGGGGCCGCGGGCAGGAUCCGGCCUCUUCGGAGGAGGGAGCGGAGCCGGAGAGCGCGCACAUCCAGCGGGCGCAGAUGGCCGCCCUGGCUGCCAUGCGGGCGGCUGCUGCCGGCCUCAGCCACUCGCCCAGCCCGGGGCUGUCGGAUGAGAGCCAAGCCUCCGAGGAGGAGGAAGAGGAGGAGCGCGGCGAGGAGGAGGAAGAUGGUGGCGGGUACCAGCAGGAGAUGGGCUCCGAGGAGGAGGAGGAGCUAAAGGGCAAAUGGGAUGAAGACGACUUUGAAGAGGACCUGGGUGAGGAGGAAGAGGAAGAAGAGGACGAGGAGGAAGAGGAAGACUACGAGGAAGAAGAAGACAUGGGAGAGGAAGGGCUCAGCUCAGCAGAGGCGGUGCGGGCGGGUGCGGGAUCCCUGCUGCUCCGCAAGCCCCCGGCACCCCAGCACUACCGGGGGGAGCCCCCACGGCUGCCAGGGGGACAGGAGCGGCUGCCCCCCGGCCUGGGCCACACUCAGCCCCCGCCACCAGCACCUGACCACGGCGACUGGACCUACGAGGAGCAGUUCAAGCAGCUCUACGAGCUGGAUGGUGACCCCAGGAGGAAGGAGUUCCUGGAUGACCUCUUCAGCUUCAUGCAGAAGCGAGGGACCCCCGUGAACCGGAUCCCCAUCAUGGCCAAGCAGGUGCUGGACCUGUACAUGCUGUACACGCUGGUGACCGAGAAGGGGGGUCUGGUGGAGGUCAUCAACAAGAAGCUGUGGCGGGAGAUCACCAAGGGGCUGAGCCUGCCCACCUCCAUCACCAGCGCGGCCUUCACCCUGCGCACCCAGUACAUGAAGUACCUGUACCCCUACGAGUGUGAGAAGCGCGGGCUGAGCAACCCCAACGAGCUGCAGGCGGCCAUCGACAGCAACCGGCGCGAGGGCCGGCGCCAGGGCUUCGGCGGCUCCCUCUUUGCCUACUCGCCCGGCGGCACCCACGGCCUGCUCUCCUCGCCCAAGCUGCCGGUGCCGGCGCUGGGGCUGGCGUCUGCCACCAACGGCGGGCCCAUCGCGCCAGGACAGAAGAUCAAGAAAGAGGAGGACUCUCCCAUCCCCAUCUCCAUGCCCAGCCGGCUCCCGGUGUCACUGGCCGGGCACCCCGUGGUGGCGGCGCAGGCGGCCGCGGUGCAGGUGGCAGCGGCCGCCCAGGCCGCGGCGCUGGAGCAGCUGCGGGAGAAGCUGGAGUCGGGGGAGCCCCCGGAGAAGAAGCUGGCGCUGGUGACGGACGAGCAGCAGCGGCUGAUGCAGCGGGCGCUGCAGCAGAACCUCCUGGCCAUGACGGCCCAGCUGCCCAUGAGCAUCCGCAUCAACAGCCAGGGCACGCGCUCGCCAGAGAACCGCCCGGACGCCGCUGCCGCCAGCAGCAACGGCACCAACAGCAUCAGCAUGUCCGUGGAGAUCAACGGCAUCGUCUACACAGGUGUGCUGUUCGCUCAGACGCCCGGCCCUUCCUCCUCCUCUUCCUCCUCCUCCUCCUCUGCCUACAGCAAAGGCAACGGCGGCAGCAGCCGGAGCAGCGGCGGCAGCGGGGUGGGGAGCGGCGGUGGGAACGUGCCCCCCGCCCCGGCCGGCCUGGCCGUGCCCCCCAGCUCUACCUCCAACAGCGCUUCGCCUUAACGCCCCCCAGCCUCGGGCCCCUCGCGGCACCGGCGCCCGGGGGGGGCACGCGGUCGCACCGGGGCUCACCGGGGUCUGCCGGGGUCUCGCUCGAGGCCUUGGCAGGGUCUCUCUGGGGUCUCGACAGGAUUUCACUGGGGUCUCACCAGGGUUUCAUUGAGAUCUUGCCUGGGUCUCACUGGGGUCUCACCAAGGGUCUCACCCAAGGCCUUGCCAGGGUCUCUCUGGGGUCUUGCCCGAGGUCUCGCCGGGGUCUCGCCUGAGGUCUUGCCAGGGUCUCUCUGGGGUCUCAACAGGAUUUCACCGGGAUCUCACCAGGGUUUCAUUGAGAUCUCACCAGGGUUUCAUUGAGAUCUCACCUGGAUCUCUCUGGGAUCUCACCAGGGUUUCAUUGAGAUCUUGCCUGGGUCUCACCAGGUUUCAUUGAGAUCUCGCUUGGAUCUCACUGGGGUCUCACCCAGGGUUUCAUUGAGAUCUCACCAGGGUUUCAUUGAGAUCUCACCAGGGUUUCAUUGAGAUCUCACCUGGAUUUCACUGGGGUCUCACCCAGGGUUUCAUUGAGAUCUCACUGGGAUCUCACCUGGGUCUCUCUGGGAUCUCACCAGGGUUUCAUUGAGAUCUCGCCUGGGUCUCUCUGGGCUCUCACCAAGGGUCUCACCCCAGCUCUUGCCAGGGUUUCUCCAGGGUCUUCUCAGGCUCCCGAUGGACUCUGCCCUCGUUCUCGUGUUGUUGGAUUUUCCUUUUCCAGGCAGAAAAGCUUUAGCCCGGGGGGUUUUGCCGGAGCCGCCGGCUGUCCGGCUGCGCCGCUCCGGGACCGUUUACCUCACUCACAUCACACUUUGCACUGUACAUUUAUUAUUAUUAUUAUUAUAAUUAUUGUUAUUUUUUAACUCGUGUUACCUCCAGACAGACGCACGGACGCCUGCCGACGCGAGCUCUAGCGAAACCCCCCGGAAUUCUAAAGGAAAAGAAAAAAAAACAACCAAAAAUCCUAAAAAAAAAAUUGGAAAUAGGGAGAUAUUUUAUUCAUUUCCAUCCUUUUCCCUCCUUUGUUUUGGGAACUCCACUCUCUGCAGGAUUUUAAGAGGUUGUUUUCGAUUGUUUUGUUGUAAAUAGCUUCUAUUUUAUUCUCUAAAAAAAGGAAAAAAAAAAAAGAAUCAAACUUUUAACAUGCAAAUGAUAUAUAUUAGUCUUCAUCAGGGAAAAUGGGAGCUUGGAAAAAAUUGGAAUCUCCUUUCUCCUCUCCUUAUCGGUGGUUGGGUCCAGCUCUGCUCCUUCCCCCACCGGCAAAUCCUAAUUUUUAUUCCUCCCCUUGCAUAAAACUACUGUUGAAAGCCACUUUGGGCUUCUUUCCUCCAAAUCCAAGCAGGAUCCAGAGGAUGGGGAUGCUCGGAGCUGCAGGACGCUCCGGAGCUCACGGACAACCCGAAGGACCUGAGCAUUUAUUUUAACCCUCACAAUCUUAGUUGGGUUUUUUUUUUUUAUGUUACUAUUUUCCCCCCUUCAACCCCCUCCCACCCAAAAAAAAAAAAAAAAAAAGAAAAAUAUUCAGCCACAUCUGCGUGAGACACAAUCCAAUCCGAUACCGAAACGCCCUCGCCCCCCUCGGUAUCUCCGUUCUCAGGUUCCCACCUGGAGCACAGGGUUUUUCCCCCUUCCCCAGGUGCCCCCAGGGGGGUGGGACCUCCCCCCCACCUUUAUUUUUAAUUUCACUCGGGGAAGCGGCGAUCUCAGGGGAUUUGGGUGGUUUUUUUCCAGCUGUUUUUUUGUCCCAGCUGGGUUUUUGUUGUUGUUUUCAGCCGGGUUUUGGGGUUUUUUUUGGAAUCCCCUUGGUGGCUCCGUUUGGGGGGGGUCUUGGUGGCUCCGUGGACCCUUUUUUGGGGGGGCCUGGGAGGGUCCGUCCAGCUCCUGCUGCUGUUGGGGUCCAGCCCAGCUCCCCGCAAGGAGAAAUUCCAAGGGGGAAUUUUCACGCCCAGGGCAGGCUUAGAUUUCCUUAGUGAUUUUUUUUUUUUUGCAUUGUACAGUCACUAUUUUGGGUUGUUUUGGGGUUGUUUUUUUAAUUAUUUUCCCUCCCCUCCUUUCCCUGCCCCCCCCUUUAUUUUUGUUUUUGAGAGCGGGUGACUUUCCACUUUAUUUUUCUUUUUUUGCAUAUCGAUUUAAAAAUAAUAAAAAAGAGCCUAAAUCAGUUUUUUUUUUGGGGGGGGUUGGAAAGAAAAUUAAACAAAAGGAGCUGCCCCAGCUGCAGCCGCCCCCCUCCCCCCAGCGUUGCAUAUCUUAACUCAGGUAAAAAAGGAAAAUGAGAAAAGAAAAAAAACCACAAAAGACAAAAAAAAAAAGAAAAAAAAGGAAUAAAAAAAUAAACCACAUUCUACCUCUGAGCGCGGCGGCCUCGGGCGCACCCGGGGCCCCGGUGAAAGAUUUCAGUUUUGCAAAACAUUCAGGUA